AUGCGCUACAACCGCAGCGACAGAAACUCCAUCAGUCGUUUUUCCGUUCUCGUCGAGGAUGGCGAGGACGAAGACGAUGGUGGCAAUGGUGGCGUGAUGCUCCGUAACUUUGAAGAAGACAGCCCGAGCAGUUAUGCUGGUACCUCGACCCCCAUCGGCUCCCAGAGCAUCAGCACCCAGAGCAGCGGCUCUUCCGGUCAUGGCGGUGUCACAGAGAUGGACAAGAAACCAUUCAUUGCCACGUAUAAUGGCCAGGCCGAAACUUCCGGACGUCGCAACAGUAUCGCUCCCAUUGGUACCGGCCGUUUCAAUACAAACAGCAACUCUCCGACUCCCAAUACCAGCCACGCUGGCGCGUCGGAUAAUUUGACUGAGGCUUGGGCGAACAAGUACCCGCAGUUUAGCAAGCUUCACGCUACCCAAAGCAUGUUCAAGGAGAACAACGUGACCCCAGCCUACCGUGCUGGCGUCAGUCACCACUAUUCUCAUUCUGCCAAUGCCGCCAUCCCCGAGUACCCGUGGAACCCCACGCCGGCCCAUCCCGGAACUCAGAACCCCUUCGGUACUCCGCAGACCGACACCGGGUACAAGAUCAUGCAUGGGCACACUUCUAGCGCCAGUGCCAACCUUCAGUAUGUUGGCAACAAUACCCCGUCCCAUGCGCCCAAGAACGCUGCGCAAGCUGCCAUGGCCACCCCUCAGACGGAGUCCAUGUUCAAGCAGGAUGGCUCCUACAACCGAACCGAGCCGCGCGACUUCGCGCCUCACAUUGAUUCGUUCUUCCUGCCGCCUCCGGCCUUCGGCUUAGCUCCUCAUGGCACCACCGGCUCCAUCAUUAGGCAGGAACACAGUUCCUCCCAGGGCUCUAAUACUGACCCCUUCUCGUCGCCCGCGGUCAGAAAUGCCAACUUUUUUAGCCCUGCCAGCCGUCGUGCUAGCAUCUCCCAGGCCCUGGUCCUCCAGUCAGUCCCCGAGGACAACCAAAUGACCGUCAUUCCUCAGCAGCAAAUGGUCCACAACCGCGCGAAUUCCGAUGUACGUGCUGCCCGUUCCACUCAGCUGAACAAACUCACGGAGGGCCCUCUCAAUGUACCGAGCCAAGAGGCCGCUCUGGACCAGAACAAUUUUCCUUUCAUUGAAGCUACCACUCAGGCCGCCCCCGUCGGCUAUGGCGUGGUGAAGCUCAAGAACAUUCCAUUUGGUACUCGCCGUGCCGAGAUCAUUGCCUUCCUGGGCCGCAACUCCAAGAUACUCAACGACAACCAGGAGCCUGUUCAUAUCAUCAUGGAGCGCGUUUCCUCCAAGACCCAGGAUUGCUACGUAGAAUUCGUCACCACUCAGGACGCAGUGCGCGCCGUUGAGCGUCAUCGCGACAACAUUCAAAAGGGCCGCCCCUCCCGCCUUGGCGAGCGCCCGGUCGAAGUCCUCCUUUCGAGCCAGGCGGCCCUUAUGAAGGACUUGUUCCCCCUUGCUGCCGGGAUCUGGUGGGACAACUCCAGGCCGAUCAUUCAGGCACCUGUGGACGGCGAGCCGUGGAAGACUUUCAAGGGCUUUGUUACUGAGGAGGAGAUGACUCUUCUUGUCAAGCAUGUGGAAAUUCCGCAGCGUUCCCCUUACUCCAAGGAGUGCCCCCAGCGCCCUUAUGAGUGCAUGAUCUCGACCAUCAAGAAGCUCCCAUGGUACAUGUCAAGCCACAUCACGCUUCGCCAGCGCCAUUCCAUCUACGAUGCGACCGUCAAACUCGUCGUCCUACUGCAGCAAGCUCUCGCGCGUGACAAGAACCGCAACCACGAAGUCGUUAUCAACAAUGUUCUCCUGAAGCGUCUCGUCACCGCCGCUCUGCUCUGCCCGGGCUUUUCGGUCGUGCAGAAGGACAACAUCGCGGCCCUUGCCGAGAUGGACGAGGCCCAGGCUCGCAUGUUUAACCAACCCCGUUUUGCUGACCAGUGGGUUCAUCUUCAUGGUAUUUGCGCCAAGCCUGGUCUUCCCCUCGACGUUCUUGAGUGGUAUGUCGCCAUCAUUCGUGAGGAGACCACUCGCCAGCUGCACCGCAUGCACCUUGUCGAGCGUGCUGAGAUUCAGCGCACCAGCUGCUACACCUCGCUCUACUUCGGCUACAUCUGGUACGAGAUCGGUUUGCCCACCGGCAAGGAGCUGGGCAACUUGACCCUGCAUGAGGUCGCUCGUUGCGAGCUGGCUGUCAUCGAGCGUGUGUUGCGCCGUGCUUUCCCGGCUAACAUAGAGACAUUAACAGUCCCGCCUCCUUAA